AUGGGGCAAGACUACUACAAGCUCCUCGGCAUCUCCAAGGGCGCCUCGGACGACGAGAUCAAAAAAGCGUAUAAGAAACUCGCGCUCAAACACCACCCUGACCGCAACCAGGGCUCGGAGGAGGCGGCCAAGAAGUUCAAGGAGGUCAGCGAGGCGUACGAGGUUCUGGCGGACAAGGACAAGCGCGCUAUCUACGACCAGUUCGGCGAGGAGGGGCUGAAAGGCGGCUUUGGCGGCGGCGCAGGAGGCGCACAAGGAGCCGGCAUGGGCGGUGGCUUCAACCCCUUCGCAGGCGGCGCAGGCGGAGGAUUCCCCGGCGGGACGUUCUCCUUCUCCUCCUCUGGCGGCCGGCCGGGCGGAGGGUUCACCCCGAGCGAUCCGAACGAUAUCUUCUCGGCGUUGUUUGGGUCAAUGGGGGGAGGGAUGGGCGGGAUGGGAGGCGGAGGAGGAGCGAGGAGGGCGAGGGGAGGAGCGGGUGGGAACCCGUUUGCGAGUAUGGGCGGGAUGGGAGGGAUGGGCGGAGGAGGAGGUGGGUUCCCGGGUGGGUUUGGGAUGGACAUCGAUUCGGACGAGGACUUUGCGCACGCCGGUCAGAAGCGGCCGCCUCCUCCACCUGAAAUCGUCAAGCCGCUGCCCGUCUCGCUCGAGGACCUGUACAAGGGCACGACGAAGAAGCUCAAGGUCACCAAGAAGCGGCUGAACGGACAAGAAGAGGCAAACGUCGUCGAAGCCCCGAUCAAGGCAGGCUACAAGGCCGGCACCAAGAUCCGCUUCGCCAAGGCCGGCAACGAAGCGGCAGGCGGUUUCCAGGACAUCGUCUUCGUCCUCGAGGAGAAGCCUCAUCCGACGUUCAAGCGAGAAGGCGACGACCUCAUCUACACCUUCAAGGUCCCGCUCAUCGACGCCCUCUGCGGCCCGGCAGGCGGCGGCUCGCCUACCAAGACGCUCACGCACCUCGACGGCCGGACGAUCAACUUCAACGUCCCGUAUCCGCGUGGAGGAGGCGCUCCGCUCAAGCCUGGACAGGAGAUUCGCAUCGCGGGCGAGGGGAUGCCCAUCACGAGGAAGAACGCGCCGAAGCCCAAGGGCGACUUGGUCGUUCGGAUCGAGGUCGUCUUCCCCGAUCGCAUCUCGAGUGCGCAGGCUGAGGGCGUCAGGAAGGUGCUCGGUUGA